UCUAGAUUACGCGAUUUAUUAAGCACUUAUGUUAUUUAACGUUCGUAUAUAGUUAAUAAUUAUAUUAUCUCGAUAAUAAUGGAUACAGGGCCAAAACAGAGCAGAUUAAUGAAUCCUCGCUAUGGGGCUAACUGGUUCUCGAUAUUAACAUUUGGAUGGACAUUAGAAACAUUUAAAAUGGGCUACAGUCGGGACAUUAAAGACGCAGACCUGUACGCUCCACUGCCUGAACACCGUUCCAGUAUACUAGGUGAUGCAGUCCAGAAAGCUUGGGACCGCGAAGUACGAUCAGCCGACCGCCGUGGAGGCAGGCGCAAACCUAGCCUAUGGAGAGUGCUACUCAAAGUGUUCGGAUGCGAGCUCAUGCUGUAUGGGCUCAUACUUGCUGCUAUGGAGUUUUUGAUCAGGUUGCAGCAACCAAUUUUUCUCGCAUUGCUCCUCCGCUACUACAGCCCUGUUCAUGGCGAUAGUAACCCGUCAAACUCAACAUACCUGAACCGUUUGUUUUCCUACUACGACAUGGAAGGCAGUGUAUCUUGGGGUGAAGCAGUAUUUUUCGCAUUCGGCAUCAUUUUCUGCAGUACCUUCAAUAUCAUGGUGCAACAUCCGUUCAUGAUGGGGGUUAUGCACAUGGGGAUGAAGAUGAGGGUUGGUGUGUGCAGUCUUAUCUAUAGAAAGGCUCUAAAAGUUAAUAUACAAUCCAUGACUGAAAACAGUGGCGGACUUGUUUUGAAUCUAAUGGCGAACGACGUCAAUCGUUUUGAUACAGGACCGCUAUUUGCACACUACCUCUGGAUUGGACCUUUUGAAACUAUGCUUAUGACAGUUUAUUUGUACCGGGAGAUGGGGAUGCCAGCGGUGUACGGAUCACUAAUCAUCAUAGCAGUUAUUCCAUUCCAGAUAUUCUUGGGAACGAACACUGCUUACUACAGAAGAGGUACAGCAAUGAAGUCAGACGAACGAGUGAGACUGAUGAAAGAAAUUAUCAUGGGCAUGGAAGUGAUAAAAAUGUACACCUGGGAACAACCGUUUCGAAAAAUAAUCGAUAUCGUUCGGCGUCACGAAAUUUUCUACAUAAAGAUGACGUCAUACAUUCGAGGUGUGAUCAUGUCGUUCAUAAUGUUCACGUCGCGGUUCGGUAUCUUCAUCACCGUGCUGCUCUACGUGACUUAUGUGAACCGAAUCACUGUCGAGAAUGUCUUCUUCUUGACUUGUUACUACAACAUUACGAAACAAACUAUGACGCUCUACUUCCCACAGGCGGUUGGACAUAUAGCGGAAAUGAACGUAGCUAUACAAAGAAUCAGAGAUUAUUUGCUGACGGAAGAAUGUAGUUUACCUGAACGAUUGCUAACUAAUGUGCAACCAGAAGUAGCACCGGUCCGAAAGAAACGAGUCACAAUUAUUGAACCGCACCACUUACAGAAAGCUCGUGAAAGACACUCUGAACCCGGGCCAUCGACGGAGAAAGAAAUUGUAAACGAAAAACCCAAAGAACCUCGUAAAGAAGAAAUCAUUAUCAAGUUUGAAAAUGCGUCGAGUAGAUGGAUCAAAUCUGCUGCCGAAGAUGAUGUUAAAAAUUUGGAUUUAACAAUAAUAGAAGGUUCCCUAACGACUGUAAUUGGAGCAGUAGGUGCGGGCAAGUCCACGCUACUACAUAUAGUGCUGAGUGAGUUACCCUGCUCCAGUGGAUCUGUGCAGAUAAAUGGCACCAUCAGUUACGCUAGUCAAGACCCGUGGUUAUUUGUUGGAUCCGUCCGCCAAAAUAUUCUGUUUGGACAGUCAUUCCAAAAAUCACGUUACAUGGAAGUAUGCAGGGUAUGUGCUUUGGAAAGAGAUAUCUCCCUCUUUCCUCAUGGAGAUAAAACAGUUGUUGGGGAACGCGGUGUAUCACUCAGCGGGGGACAGCGUGCCAGGAUUAAUCUGGCAAGAGCAGUUUAUAAAGAGGCCGAUAUUUAUUUACUAGACGAUCCACUUUCGGCUGUCGACACUCAAGUCGCCAAACAUAUUUUCGAGAGGUGCAUCAAGAAAUAUUUGGCGAACAAGACGGUCGUGCUCGUCACCCACCAGCUGCAAUUCAUCAAAUCAGUUGACCAUGUGGUCAUAAUGGACAACGGAAAGAUAAUUGGAAAUGGAGCUUUUGAAGAAUUAGACGAAAAAGAACUGAAGAUAAUUCAAUUGAUGAACGAGAAUAUACGGGAGAUCCACGAAGAGGAUUCCAUGCAGAAUGACGUCAGUACAUUGAUACAGCCGAGCACAAUGAGCUUGCAUAGACGGCACUGGUCAAUGAUACUCGACACCAGCGUUGCUGAUCAAAAGCCUGAAGCUGAGAUACAAGCGAGUGGUCGAGUACGUGGGUCUGUGUACAAAGAGUACUUCAUGGCGGGCGCUCCAUGUUGCUUCGUUAUUAUCGUAUGCGUAUUAUUCGUGUUGGCACAGUUAUGUGCUAGCGCUUGCGAUUAUUGGAUUAGUCGAUGGAGUAAUGCAGAAGAUAAGCUAUCAGGCGACAAUACAAUGGACGUGCUUGUGUGGGCCGAGCAAGGCUUGGCCCGAAGAGACUUCGUCAUUAUCUUCGGCGUGAUCACACUAGCAACAAUCAUAGUCGCCUUGAUACGAGCAUUCUUCUUCUUUUCUCUAUGCAUGAAAUCUUCUAUUAAAUUACACGACCAAAUGUUUGAGUCCAUUUCGAAGUCUCCAAUGAGCUUCUUCCACAGUAAUCCUUCUGGCAGAAUUCUCAACAGAUUUAGCAAAGACAUGGGCGCUGUUGACGAGUUACUCCCACAAGCCAUGAUUGACUGCUUUCAGAUAGUAUUGAACUUAUUAGGUGUUGUCCUGGUAAUACUGAUGACAGAUAUCACUCUGAUGAUACCGAUUGCGGCUGCAAUGGUGAUAUUCUACAUCUUCCGCGUUAUUUAUAUCAGGACUACCGGAGCCGUCAAACGGCUAGAAGGAAUCACUCGUAGUCCGGUAUUUGGUCACGUGAACGCGACGAUCCUUGGUCUGGCCACGAUCCGCUCGUUUGGCGCCGAGUUCCUCCUAGCCGAGGAGUUCGACCUCCACCAAGACCUGCACAGUGCUGCCUGGUACCUCUUCAUCACGUGCAGCCGAGCGUUCGGAUUCUUCUUAGACCUCGUCUGCUUGCUGUUCAUCGUGUGCGUCACUUUCAGCUGCUUGAUGAAGACAGACAUGGACGGAAGCUACGUGGGCCUGGCAAUAACACAGUCGAUAUCAUUGACCGGUAUCUUCCAAUGGGGCAUGCGGCAGUCUGCGGAGAUGGAGAACCAGAUGACGAGCGUGGAGAGAGUGCUGGAGUACACCAAGUUGCCCCAGGAACCUGCCUUGAGAAGUGCACCAGGCAAAAAACCUCCAGCAGACUGGCCGGCAGAAGGCGCAAUAAUCUUUGAUAACUUGAGCUUAAAGUACGCCCCGGAUGGCAAUUAUGUAUUGCAUAAAUUGAACUUAAACAUACAACCACAAGAAAAGGAGCCAGUACUAUUCAGCGGUACUAUUAGAAAGAACUUGGAUCCGUUCGAUCAAUAUCCUGAUUCGGUAUUAAUAACAGCUUUGGACAAUGUGGAGCUUCAAGAAGAGGGAGACGAGAGUCCUCUAUACAAACAAGUAUCAGAAGGAGGAUCAAACUUCAGCGUGGGCCAGCGGCAGUUGGUGUGCCUCGCGAGGGCCAUAGUCCACAACGACAGGAUCCUCGUGUUGGACGAGGCCACAGCCAACGUGGACGCGCAGACCGACCAGCUCAUCCAGACCGCCAUCCGGUCACACUUCAACAACUGCACCGUGCUCACUAUAGCGCAUAGGUUGAACACUAUUAUAGACUCCGAUAAGAUAUUGGUACUAGACGCAGGUCGCCUGAUGGAGUACGACCACCCGCACCUACUGCUGCAGAACAAGAAAAGCCAUUUCCGUAAGAUGGUGUCGGAGACCGGACCAUCCAUGGCAUCGCACUUGCACAAACUGGCUGCACAGAGUUACCAAGACAAACAGGCCAGGGAUGAAAUGAAAGAGACUACAGAUGAUUGAUUUUAUAUACGAUAUAUUUUCAUAAUUUAUAAUAUUAACUUACUUUAUAACAUUAAUAUUUUAUCUUA